AUGUCCUCACAAUCUAAAAAGUCUAUAUCUGAUGAACCAGGUGCUGUGACCGCAAGGUCCUUUUGUUUGCUUAAACCCAUCCUACUCCUUCAAUUGCUAUCUCCGACUCUUUUUCGCCAACACUCAGAUCAAGGAUACGAGCAAACAACCUAUCCAUCAACUCUGUCUUCAAGAGCCUACCAUCAGUUCCAUCUGUAUUUCAAGCAAAAACUCAAAGCAACCAACUCUUUGUUGACAAAAACAGUUACAUUUGAUGCGCCAGAAAGCAAAUUCGUUGAACGGGAAGAUAGAGAAUCAUCAGAACAAUUUAAUAGUGAGGUCGAGGAAGAUGAGGAGGAUGAGGAUCAACAAGACUCUCAGCCAUCCUCAAACUCGUCACUUUCUCUUACUGCUCGACAUACUCGUCGAUCCAUGAGAUCCUUGUCUCCCAACAGUGUUCGGGAUUCACCUGCUGGCCUAAUAUUUUGCAAACGCAGAGGACUCGGAUCCGUUAGUGACGCACUGCCAGGUCAUGGUGGAAGCAGAGGUAAUUGUGGCAUUGGUGGCUGCGCAAAUAGUGGAAAGAAACUACGUAAAGCGAGAACAGCGUUUACAGACCAUCAAUUAAAUGAGUUAGAGCAGAUGUUUGAA